GAGGACGAUUGGAAAAAUUAUUGGGAUUUAUUUCCCUAUGCUAAAUUGGCCAGUUCCGUUAAGUUACUCGGAUUUCAUCCUUUAGCAAAUAUAUGGAUGAUGGAUUUCGUUUUGUAUAGACCAGUUUUAUAUGCCUAAAUGUUUAAGGGUAUUCAGGGGUUUGAUAUUAUAAAAUUAUAAAUAUUUUUUGUUUGAUAAAAUUGUUUUUUAAUUAUUGUUUUUUGAUAACAUUUGUUGCUGCUGCAUUUCAAUUUUUUUUAUUUUUUAUUUUUAUUGUUACUAUAAAAGGCUUAUUUUCCUUUAAUUUUCCUUCUCUUUCUAAAAAACAAAACGCCAAAACACAAAAAUGAAUAUUCUUCUUCUACCAGUGGAAGUCCAUCUGGACAUAUUUAAAUAUCUCAACUUUAACCAAAUAUCCUCUAUUCAACAAACAAAUAGCUAUUUCCGUUCAUUAAUUGAUAAAUAUAUUGGGAUAUUGGCAAAGAAGAAAUUUUAUUCUUUUGAGACAAUUGUGUAUAAAUCGGUUAAUGACAAGAACAAAUAUUUAAAAUUGAAAGAAGAGGAUAUUGGUUUGGCUGAUGGUUUUGAGUUGAGUAAGGAACUUGAGGGGAAGUGGCAAGUUGCUAUAGAUAACAAAACUCCGAUGUACUUGUAUUCUGAGAUUUACAAAUCAAAGGAGCCUUACAUUGUCAAUUUUGCUAUUCGUUUGAAUGACAAUUCGCCCAAAUAUCUUUUAAAGUUGCCUUAUAUUCCAAAAAAUAUCAAAGAAAUGUUAAUUUGGCGUUGUUGGAUGGAUAAACUUUUAUUAAACUGUUCCUUCGUUACAUUUGCUUUUGGAGGUAUUAUCUUCAAUCCAAAAAUGUUUACGUUGUUAUUCGAGAAGAAAAGUCCGAUUAUUUUUGUUAGAAUGGGCUCUAAAGAAGAUCUUCCUAUCCCUCUUCCAAUAUUAUAUUAA